CGCCGUCUCGCGCCAAAGGCCGCUUGGCUCGAGAAAUCGUGCGCGCCUCUGGUGUCGGCACGCUCUUAGCGCAGGGCUGGAUGCGGCCAAGCUCAUCGGCGUGCUCUUGAGAAGAGCAAGGCGGACGACAUGAAUUGUCGCUCGACUGUUGUUGCGAUCAGCGCCACCGUCGCGACUUUCUUGGUUGCUGACGCUGGACGAGUCGAACAUCGUUUAGAAGGGUAUGGCUGGGAAGGAGGAAAGAGAUGGCAGGAAGCGAGGAAGGAGAUUGGGGGUGUCCACGUAUUGAGGACCAGCAAGCACCAACCUUUCCACGCCUUUCUCUGUGCGGAGUAGGGAGGCAGGUCGGAGACUGUUUCUGGUCGUAAUGGC